GCGUGGUAUGUGUGUAAACCUUUAUAAUUAUCGACCCCUAUGCAGGCAUUCCGAUCACGAGCUGGUUCGUCGCAGGCAUUCUGUCCGAUCGAUUCCAGCGGUGGUUACUUCCUACGGAGAAGGGGAACAGAGCGGGAAAGUGAGAGAUUGAUUUGUGAUGGCCACUCUUCGACAAUUAAAGGUCAAAACUGGAUCAUGCAAGCGAGUCCUUAAGGAACUUGUUUCAUAUGAAAGAGAAGUAAAGAUGGAGGCUGAAAAGACAGCAAAUAUGAAGGAGAAAGGUGCUGAUCCUUAUGAUCUUAAGCAGCAGGAGAACGUUUUGGCCGAGUCGAGGAUGAUGAUUCCCAAUUGCCGAAAUAGGCUUGAGGUUUUGCUAGCCGAUCUGAAAGCAACACUGGAAGAAGUGAGGGAAUGUGGCCAAGAUGGUCCAGAGAUAACGGAAGCUGAAAGCACUGUUUUGGAAGUUGACACUUUGUUUGUAGCAGCUGAAGAAUGAGAGUUUACCGUUUGGAAUUAUUAAAUAUAGAGAUGCUUCUAUGAUUUCUCUCCUUUUCUUUUUCUUUGAUCAAACAAGCUUGUAUUUGUGUCUGUACACCCGAAGCAUAUUUGCUGUUUUAUACCUUAUUCUCCAGUAGGUAUGCACUCGCCUGCUUUAUUGUGCUUAUGAUGAGAACAUUUAAGACCCUC